UCGCCCUAAAGGGCUAAGGCUGAUACUGAACAGCGCUGCAAAUUGCAAUGGCGAAGGAAGAGGGCGGAGGAGCUGAAAGCGGCGAGAAGGAAGGGCAAAACCUAUUGGGCGAACCGACCUUCAAGAAACUGGAGAAUGGCCGCUUCAAGUGCGUGGAGACGGGCCACGAGCUCCCGGCUCAUGCCAGAGAUUCGUAUGCUCGGAGCAAGCACUGCCGUUUAGGCCUCAUCGAUGCUGCUCUGGCUAGUAAAAAGCCCCCUCUCAAUAUGUUCUCUCAGGAUCCUCUUUCCAAGUCAAAAUUGAAAUGUAAGUUGACAGGCCUCACUGUUAACAAAUCUGAGGAGCAUAUUUGGAAGCAUAUUAAUGGGAAACGCUUCCUCAGAAUGUUAGAGAAGAAGGAAGCUGAGCAGGAAAUGCCAGAUCGAAUGGUAGAAGAGAAAAUUGAACAAGUACAGGAAAAGCCAAAGAAGAAAUCCAGUAGUUUGAAGAAAAAGAAAAAGGAGAAAGCAGAAAAUGCUACCAAUAUUGUAUCUGAAAUGAGGGAUAUUACUGGGAAUGACAGUGAUCCAGAAGAAGCUGAGUUCUGGAUGCCUCCAGUUGGAGAACGUUGGGAUUUUGAUGAUGGGGGAAACCGAUGGGGUUCUGGCUCGGAGUCAGAACCAGAAAAUGAUGAUGCUAAUGGUGAAGAUGAAUUGAUUGAAGAGGCUACCCAUGAAGCAGGAGAACUCUCUAAGCAGACAAAGCGAAUGACCCUUGAGAUUGGACCCAGCAGCUUUGCUCGAAGGAAGAAGAAGAAGAAGACAAAUGCUUCGUGAUGAGAAUUGAUCUAAGUUAAAUUGAAUUUCUUCGCAGGAACGAGUUUCAGCACAGCAGUGACUCCCAAGUUCUGUUUUUUCUUUAAUCAGUACUCUAAAUUUUUUUACCUGAGGGAAACAGAAAUGUGUACUUGCUUGGCGUUCUGAUAUGGUGAUUCUGUUUUCUCGGACACUUUUUGGAACGAAAGCCUGAAUUUUUAGAUUAAGUCCGCCAUUAUAUUA